AUGACAGAAACUUCUAUCUGUAAAUAUCUUUUAGGUACCUGCUAUGGCUGUCAAAAAUGCUUACACUGUUUUAAACUUCCACAGCGAAAUUUAUGCAAAUGUAAAAAAGAGAUUCAACCAUCAAGAGUUUCUUAUCCAAAAUCUGGACAACAAAUAUAUCAACGCGCCUUUUCUCUAGAUCAACCACUACAAAAAGCAAAUGAAUUUCUGUUUACCGCUAAUAUCAAAUUUAAUUAUAAUAGUAAUUUUGAGGAAGCAUUUUCUUAUACCUUUUGUACUGCUUGCAAUAGCAAAUUUCAACGUGAAGGGGAUAUCAGUGAAAAGGAAUAUAGCAGUA